CGCCGGAAGAGAAGCGAGUUUCUGUGGGGGACGGCCAUCUUGUGUGGGCAGCAAACGAGCACGUAGGGGGUGGGCCGGGGCCUGGGCAGCAUCGGAGGAGGAUCCCACCCAAAGGGGUCCAUCAUGCCCGGACACCUGCAGGAAGGCUUCGGUUGCGUCGUCACCAACCGCUUUGACCAGCUCUUGGACGACGAAUCCGACCCCUUCGAGGUGAUACAGGCGGCCGAGAGCCGCAAGAAAGAGAGCACCGGUGGAGGUGGCGGCGGUGGCGGCCACCAAGGUAGCCGUGGAGGUGGAGGCGGGCAGGCGGCCCAAGCCAAUUCAUUCUCAGGCGGUGGCUCGGGCCAAGCCAGCUCCGGCGGAGGGAGCGGCAGCGCGGCAAAGCAGCUGCGCAGGGAAUCUCAGAAGGAGCGCAAGAACCCGCUGCCGCCCUUCGCCUCCUCGACUGGGCCUGGAGGCGCUGGGGACCGAAGAGAGGAUGGAGGCGGGCAGCCUGGUUCCGCGCCUCUCAGGAAGGAAGGGAUAAGACGAAUUGGCAGAAGGCCUGAUCAGCAACAGCCUCAGGGAGAGGGCAAGCCUGUUGAGAGGAGGCAGGAGAGACGGCCUCCUCGUGAACGUCGAUUUGAUAAACCUGCUGAAGAAAAGGGUGAAGGAGGAGAAUUUUCUGUUGAUAAACCCAUUAUUGAUCGUCCUAUGCGUGGUCGUGGUGGUCUUGGUGGAAGAGGUGGCCGUGGUGGACGAGGACGUGGAAUGGGCAGAGGAGAUGGCUUUGACUCUAGAGGCAAACGUGAAUUUGAUAGGCAUAGUGGAAGUGACAGAUCUUCUCUUUCACAUUCACAUUUCAGUGGUCUAAAGCAUGAAGACAAGCGUGGUGGAAGUGGAUCACACAACUGGGGAACUGUCAAAGAUGAGCUGACUGACUUGGAUCAAUCACAUGUGACAGAGGAAACACCAGAAGGAGAGGAGCAUCCACCUGCCGAUUCAGAAAAUAAAGAAAAUGAAGUAGAAGAAGUUAAGGAAGAAGGUCCUAAAGAAAUGACUCUCGAUGAAUGGAAAGCUAUUCAGAAUAAGGAUCGUGCAAAAGUUGAAUUCAAUAUCCGCAAACCAAAUGAAGGUGCUGAUGGACAAUGGAAAAAAGGCUUUGUUCUGCACAAGUCAAAGAGUGAGGAGACAAAGGGGAUGACAGAAAUGCAGGGGAGUCAGCUGGAAUCUAAUGAGUCUCAUGCUGAGGACUCUGUAAUGGAUCAUCAUUUCCGCAAGCCAGCAAAUGAUAUCACAUCCCAACUGGAGAUCAACUUUGGGGAUCUUGGUCGUCCUGGGCGUGGUGGUAGAGGUGGAAGAGGCGGUCGUGGGCGUGGGGGAAGGGCUAACCGUGGAAGCAGAACUGACAAGUUGGUGAAAGAAUUUGAUGUGAUCCACACACCCAACCAGUCAAGUGCUUCUGCUCCUGAUGUUGAUGAUCCAGAAGCUUUCCCGGCUUUGUCCUAAACUGGAUGCCCUAAGCCAACCCUGCCUCUUGUUGGGCCCUUCUCUACAAGGCUUGCAUGCUUAAGGAUCCUAAGAACAACUUAAGAUAUUAAAACGGGGACUCUCAUUCAUGCCAUUCACACCUGAAGACUGAAUUUUACCUGUUUUGAAAUGAACUUCUCUUGCUACACAGAAGCAACAAUAUGGUAGUCAGUUUUGUAUUUAGAAAUGUAAUGGUAGCAGGGAUGUUUUCAUAAUUUUUUUCAGAAAUUAUGCAUUCUUCAUGGAUACUUUUUUGUAUUGCUGCUUGAAAAUAUGCGUUUCCAAACUUGAAAUAUAGGUGUGAACAGUGUGUACCAGUUAAAGCUUUCACUUCAUUUAUUUUAUUUUUUUUAUGUUAGGGUUAGAUGUGCUUUCCCUUGACUACAAACAAUUUUAACUCUUGCACACUAUAUUUCUUUUAAAACUGCUUAGCAGAUUGUUUUCAAUCCACGGUCAGCUGGGAUAUGUAUAAAAAUAAUUUGGAAAAUUGUUAGUACUGUGUGGAAUACUAACUUCUGGAGUAUUUUGAGUUUUUAAUACUUAAGUCAAACUUGGAAAGUCCAUUUUCUUCUAUCUUUGGUAGUUUGUGUAUUCAAAAUCUUUAUACAAAAUUGAUACCAGAUACUUGAAAAAUAGUCAAAGCACAUUGGUUUAUAUUCUCAAUACCUGCUUGUGAAUCCAGCAGCUCUGGUUGGAUAAUUGGCCUAAGCCAUUUUUUAAAAAAAUAAUCCAUGUUGCACCUCUCAUAUUCACCCUUUUUCUUCAAGAAAACUAGUUGUCUGUUUGGUAAACUUGUUAAUAUUGUUGCUACCAAAAAUACCUGUAGAGUGGAGCAACUUUUUUUCAAGACAUGGAAGGUUGGGAACACAGUGGCAUCCUAUUUCUUAAUACAGUUGGUUUAAACUACAGUUGAUACUGUGUGGCAGUGCUGUAAACCUACAUUAAAAAUGCACCUCAUUGGAUGCAUUUAAACACUGUUCCACUAGCAUGCAACCAUGAUUCUGAAGAAGAAACCAAAGGGCACUCUAUACUUCUUUGGAAAAGGAUUAUUUGACUUGUUUAAAUUGGAGAACCAAGAGCAUGAAAGUGGGACAGCCGUGGUCUCCGUGGGACAUAAACCAAACCUCACCACCUAAUUGAAAUGUGGAUCUUGCUCUAUUGCUUCAGCUUUUGGCAUUGCCUAGCUGAUAAGUGAAUGUUUUAUUUUCAGGGGGGUGAUUGUAAGUUCUCCUUUCCACUGUAGAAUUUUCUUAAUAUUUUAACUUAAUCCCUGUGAACGAGAAUGUUACCACUUUCAAAACAUGAAAGGACUUGAGCAAAUAAUAAAAAGGACUACUUUGCCUUUCUGUCUACAACACUUGUUAGGAGGUUAGAACAGCAAUAUCCAUUUAUUUCAAGGUUUUUACACUGAGCAUCUUGUACAAUUCGUGGGUUUCUUAAGGAUUAGAAAUCUUAAUGGUAAUGCCCCAUUUUUUAAAAAGCCAUGUAAGAUGGGCAAAAAGUAUUGAGCUAAAGCAUAAACAGUAUCGAGAUGGUGCAUUAUCUGAAUAAUUUCUGUGAACAUUUGUUUACAUAAGCAAAGGUUACUGUAUUGAAUCUGAUUCUUGGUAUAUUUAGAUUUCAGCAUUGUGAUUGGGAGGUAGGGAUGGAGAAGCAGAUUUUUAAAUGUGUCCAGUAGCUUUUGCCUUUAGGACAGUUUUUUAAGCGUGCCCCUGCCUCUGCCCCCAAUUAAUUGGUACUUAGUUUUCUGAUUACUGAUUAUGGAGAUAGUCAUGUUCCUUAAGUCAACAGGUGCAUGUUAUCAGGUCUUUUGUUUGUUUCCCGUCUAAAUGCAUCUCAUAGCACAGAAUUUGUUGGAAGAUACUGUGUUGUCUAUAUCCUUAAAAAACAAUUCCUAUUUCCUGCACAAAUAUUCUAGUCUCCAAAGUCAUACUUAUUCAAUAGUAUGUUACUGUUCUCUAUCUUACUUUUUUGACUUCCAGACUUUUAAUUCUUUGUGUUCUGGACAGCCAUAUAUCCCAUGCAAUGCCAGUUUGGUACUUGACAUGCAUCUUUUUCAUCUUCUAGUAUACUUGUAAUAUAGAGCAAGUUUAGAAAGGUUGUUUAAAUAUGGCCCAUUUGCUGGCCUUUUAAUAGCUGUGUACUUAAUUUGUGUUGAGCUGUGAAAAUGCUUUCAUUAAUAUUGGUGCAUAUUAGCAAAGUAAAGGUUUAUUUUCAUGCUCUUUUAUAAAAAAUGUUAUCAAAUUGGCAUUGUGAAUGUUUUCAGUGCCAGGCAUCUUUCCUGUUUUCUGGCUGAAACCAUCUAAAUGUCUUUUCCAGGGAAUGGUCCCCUUGUGGUGGAUCCAUUAGCAGCAGUGGGCAUAGCUUUAGCAAAAUAACCACUUGCAUAGUUAAUUUUAAUAUUAGCUAUUAAAUGAAUUGGUCUUUGUAUCUCUUAACUCUCUUGCUUGUUUAUCUUGCUGUUGCACCAUUUUUUUUAGAGUGAGGCUCCCUUAAAAUGCGAUAAUAUUGAUUAGGAUUGAUUUAUUUAAAUGUUUGAGCGUGAAAGUUCAUCUUGUACCAGGCUAUUGGCAGAAAACUUAAAAUGACUAAAACAAAAGAGCACAAGCCCUUCUAAGGUAACCCUAAACAUCAAAAAGUAUAUGUCUAUUGUGAAUAUACAUUUUGUUGGACAGAUAUUGCAUCUGAUUGGAUGAUUACAUUUUGCCCUGAAAGUCACUUGCAUACCAUCCUGUUGACUUAAUAAAAGCAGGACUGAGGCUUAUGGCUGUCUUGGGUGCUCAACGUUUAGAUACAUCUUCACCUUCAAAUGAAAAAUAGCUAAAAUGCUAACUGAGACUACUGGUAAGAACAUUAGGGACUGAUAGAGACUUUUUUUUUCCCCACAAUUUUGAUUUGAGAUGUAAUGCUUCCUUUUAAAAUGGUGAGAUCCUAUGCUGUAAUCUUUUAAAUUAUAUUUUAGCAAAUGUGGGCUAAAACUCUUCAAAUACACAUGUGUUGAGAUAGAUUGGGAACAGUUGUUUCCUUCUCUGUACUCGUGGAGAAGAUUUAAAGAGUUACUAAUGGUUGUGUAGUUAAUAGCAAUGGGAAGCAUCAGAGGAAGUAUCUGAAGAUGGGGAGAUUGACUUCCUGCCUGUCUGUGGCUUCAGGUGCAUUGAAUGUGAGAGGAUGUUGAUGUUAUCAGCUCUGGGUUUACUUUGUAAUAUUCAUAAGCACUUGCCUCUAUUUUGCAAUUCCUUAAGCAAAAAGGAUGGAUGGCAUAAAUGUAGUGAUAGAAUUAUAAAACAAAAACAGUGAAAAGUAAGAGGUUACAGAUUAAUUGUUAAGCUGUUUUUAUAAACAUCUCUUGUUUCAUUCUUUGAAGAUGAAAUGCUAUGUGAGUGACAAAAUAAAUGAGAAGAGCUUUUUUAAAAGAUAUUUUUGGCUCUUUUCCAUAUGCAAUAUAGUAAUUUAAGAUAAAAAAUAGUUGGGCAGAGUGCAAGUAAAACUAUUUUUUAAAAAAGUUGCUUUGGAAGUGGAGGAGAGAAAUCACAAGUCCAGUUGGAUUGGUUGGAAAAAAAAUGCAGCUAGGAUAACAGUAGUGCAAAUCACAAAUUAAAUUCUUAAGAGUGUAGAUAUGGCCUGUAAUUGGUUCACAAUAUUUGCAAAUAUUUACAAGGGUCGUUCUUAUUCCUGUAUUUCAGAAAUAAUUUCUGGACAUUUUGUGGCCUUAAUCUUGAAAAGCAAAUACUAGUGCAUGUUUUCUUGUCAGUUGUACAGUGCUGUAUAUUACAAUUGAUUGUAUGAAGUGCACUUAGUCUUAUAUACAAGUCUGUCCUUCGAUAAUGUCAUGUUACCUUCCAUAUUUUGAGAGAAUGGAACAGGCUGCAUUUUAUGAGAUUUACAAUCUGAUCCUGUACAUGCUCUCAUUUUAAUGAGAUCUUAACUGAAUGCUUAAAAUUGCAGCUGUUUUGAAUGGGUGGGUUUAUUACCUAGGCUUCAAUCACACACACAGAAUAAGCCCCAACAAACACAGAAGGCUUUGUCUAUUUCUGAUGUAGCAAAAAUAUAACGGGGGUCUAAAGUUCUGUUCCUGCAGGAAGUUAAUCCAGAUUACUGCUAAAUUACAGGUUGGUAUAAAAUACCACCCUGUUUCCAGCCUUCAGAGUGUCUGUCCUUCACUCAGUGGCCAAACUGGAAUUAAUAAUUUGAAAUAUACAGAAUUAAUUUUAAUGAAGUCAUUUUGCAAGUUUCUGGUGCAUUCUUAGGAUUGCAGAUCAGUAGUAGUUUAAGCACAGAUUAUUCCUGUUAACGCCUCAUAAAAUGUAAUAGAUAGUUGCAUCCAGCUUGUCCCUAGAUUCACAGGUUUACUCCAGAAAAAUCAUGAUUUUGUGGUUUGAUCAUCCAGGAAAAAAAUGCUAACAUUUUCAACAUUUGUGUAAAUGACCUUCAUGUACAGUUGCCUUCUCUCCCAUUCUGUUUUAUUCCACAUGUGCAUGUUGUCUGGACCAGUAAAUCCCAGAUCAAUUUGGGAUUGUACUUCAACAAAUUGUUCAGAAAUCAUGAAUACAAAUUUGUGUUUUACGGAGAGGA